AUGAUCCAACUCUUCAGCAAGCUUAUCAAGAUUAUACUAAUGCUUAUCGCCAAAAAACAUCUCUUUAUACAAUUGAUAGAGUAUAACAACAGAACUAAUUUGAUUAUUUAUGAUACAGAAAAUGAUAGUAAAGAAGUCAGGAUAGUAGAGACUCCUGAACCACUGAUUAUUUCACUUGCAUUGCUCAGCUUCCUAAUGGUAAUUUAUUUUGCUUUGGUAAUUGCCCAGAUUCUGGGAUUUCAUUGAUAA